GCCCUCAUUCAAUGUUGGUAAUACAGUAUUUAUUUCUUACUUCUUAGUUUACCAUAAACAAAAGGUUUUUCCUAAAUAUUUCUGUACCAAAAUGCAUUUUUGUCUUCUUUGUUUUGUCAUCAGCUGUCACACCUCUAAAGUGUAAGAGGUGUCACCCCUAACCUGGUAAACUGGUUUAUCACAAAUGGUUCUCAUUCUUCUAUAUAAUGAAUGUGUCACAAGUUUCAUUGAAACUAGAUUUUGCACAAAGAGUCUGUGUUUGAGUUUUCCAGCAAAAGAGUAUCAGCAUGUCUCGGAGCAGCACAGGAGGCCAAAGCCGAUACAGCACUUCAGAGAAACCCAGAAGAUCGGGAACCUAUGGCAGAUACAGCAGUCCCAGACCCGGUAGCCAGAACAGCAGCGGAAAUGCAGUGCUGUGUGAUUUUUGUCUGGCGAAGAAGAACAAGGCAGAGAAGUCGUGCCUGACAUGCUUAACUUCAUUCUGUGGAACUCAUCUUCAGGCACAUUACGAGUAUCCGGCUCUCAUGAAACACAAGCUGGUAGCGGCGACGGGCCAUCUUCGCGAGAAGAUCUGUGCUGAACAUGAUAAACUUUUAGAGGUUUUCUGCCGUUCCGACCAAGCUUGUGUUUGCGUUUUGUGUAUCAUGGAGGAACACAAAAAACACGAUAUUGUUUCAGCUGCAGCCGAAAGGACAGAAAAGCAGAAAGAAGUUGGGGCUAAACUGAUGUCUUCACAACAAAAAAUUGAGGAAAAAGUAAAGAAAUGGCAAGAACUCCGACAGGCAGUGGCAUCCUUAAAACAUUCAUCUCAGAGUGUGCUGGAUGAAAAUGAGCGGAUUUUCGCUGAGCUGCUGCGAACUCUGGAGAGGCGAUAUAUAGAUGUAAAGGAAACGAUUCAAGCCCGGGAAACACUUCUUGAGUCUCAUGCAGAGAGACACAUGGACAGACUUGAGGAGGAGAUCACACUACUGAGAAAGAAACAUAAUGACCUGGAGCAGCUGUCCCACUCGGAUGAUCAUAUUCAUUUUUUACAGAGCUGGCAAGCUCUCUCUGCUCCGUCUGGAUAUGAGGACUUGUCUAAGGUGACUUUAGCCCCACACCACAGUUUUGAGGAUGCAAAGAAGGCCAUCGAUUCACUUAAAGUACAAGUAGAAGACAUAAGCAAAGAUGAAUUGAACAAAAUCUACUCCGCAGUUAAGGGGGUUCAAAUUCUACAGACUGUGGAACCACUAAAAAGAGAGGAGUUCUUGGAAUAUUCCUGCAAGCUGUCAUUGGAUGCCUCAACAGCUCACCCAAACCUGUCUCUGUCAGAGAAAAACACAGUGGUCAAGAUGAAUAAUCAACCAAUGUUGUAUCCUGAGCACCCUGAUCGCUUCAACUACUGGCAGCAAGUGCUGUGUAGAGAAGGUCUGGCUGGUGGUCGCUACUACUGGGAGGUGGGCUGGAGCGGCACCGAAAUAGAUAUCGCUGCGACUUACAAGGGCAUUCAGAGGAAAGGAAAUGACAAUGUUAGUAGCUUUGGGUGGAAUGACAAGUCUUGGAGUUUGUACUGCUCUGAAUCGAAGUUCUCCUUUGUGCACAACAGCAAAAGCACUACUUUAUCUCAUUCUGUCCCCAGAUCCUCCAGGAUAGGGGUGUAUUUAGAUUACGGGGCUGGAACGCUGGCAUUUUAUAAUGUGUCAGAGAAAAUGACACUUCUUCACACAGUUCAUACUAAAUUCACUGAGCCCAUCUACCCUGGGUUUGGAAUCUGGGGAUAUGGAACCACUGUGCGACUGUAAAUAUAGAGUAAAUGACAAGUGUAAUAGAGUCAGAAUAUCAAAAGUAGCCUUCACAGAGCAGUGGCUCUCAAACCUUUUGGCAUGCAACCCCUUGUGUAGGGUGCAUUCAUUAAUAAUAUAAUUUAUGACCUAAAACAAUCUCAAACUUAUAAUUUGAAUUUAACAAAACAUAUCAAAUGAUACAAUAAAGUGCAGUUGGUUAGUCGCCAUAUUUUUCUGAAGUUUAAUUACACAGAAUUUCUGAUAAAUUAAUGUAUUUGAUAAAAUGUCACAAAACUGGAGCCCCCUGGCACCAUAUUACGCCCGAAGGGGGGGCAUAGUUUGAGGACCACUGCUAUAUAGAGUGAAUUAAGUCAGAACAGGAAGUCAGCAUACAGAACAUGCAUAAUCUGAUUUAAGAUAUGUGAUACACUCUUAGAACGAAUGUGUUAAAAACAACACAUUAGUGUUGAUUCUGGGACAACACACUAAAUGCGUUGGCCCAGAAUCCACCCAUCUCUGUGUUAUUUUUAAAACAACACAUUUUGUGUUACUUUUAACACAUCUUGUGUUAUAUUUUAACACAAAAUCAACACAAAAUGACACAUAAUGUGUUAAAAUUACACAUAAUGUGUUAAAAUUUUAACGUACAAAGAUGUGUAAAUCCUUUCUAAGAGUGUACUACUCAGUUCCACCUGUUGUGAAUCUGUAUAAGCUCUUAUUUGCGGUUAAAUAUAUGUGACAUAAAAGGGUAUAAGAAUUAAGUCUAUUUAUAUAAAGACAGAUCAUUACAUCUAAUGACAAGUAAAAAUGUGAAGUUACCUUUUACAGUAGAUUUCUCUGUAAAGUGUUGCUAAUUUUUGUAUAAUAGUCUUACAGAAUACAACAUUAGGAGGACACAAUUUUAUGUUCACAGUUAAUUACGCUUUAUUAUUUUUACAAUUUUAAUUAAAAUUUAUGAAAUAACUUGUGUUAUAUUUUAUUUAAAGUCUUCAGUUUGUUGUGUUUGUAUUUUUUUUGCUUUUAGUCCCUGGAAAAAUGUGGAAAGCACAUGCUAAAUCUCACCACAAGAUGGAGCAAUUUAAAACCUUUUGAAGGUUAAAUAUUUAUGAAACGUUUUUAGUCUGAUAACUCAUAAGGCUACUAUUCAGACCAACUGAGGCAGAUUAAUGUUUUAUGUUAAAUUAUUUUUACAAUGUUUUUUGUAUUUAGUUUUUGUAUUUUAACCUAUUUUUACUUUCAUUUUCAAUUGAUUAAAUAAUUGACAUGACUACAUCAGCAUAUAACUACAUAAUUUAGAGGCUUAAU